AUGCCCUCCUCGGCAGAACAACCCUCCUCCAAGAAAAGGAAGUUGAGCCCCGAGCUUGAGAACCACAACCCAACAACCACAACAAAAGCGACUACAGCCGCAUCUUUAUCGACCGACAACCUCCAAGACACAACACCGCCCGACGAUACAAAUCUCGUUCAAGGCCCAAACAAUGAACCAAGCGACACUCAAAGUCGACGAGAAGUGUUUGAGUGUCUAAUCGACUUCUACAACGAAGGCGACCUCUACGACGACGACGACGACGACAAAGACAAAACCCGUAGAACUUACUCCCUCCCCCCACCACCAGGUUCCGCCCCGACAGAGGAACUGCUGUGGGAAGCCUUCCUGGCAAAAGUGGAGGAGGCCGACGACCAGCUUAUCGAGCACAUCCGCUGCCACCGUGAGCAGCGUAUUCAGAUGACUGUCUUGGAGGAGCAGAGACAGACGGACCAGAGACGGAUGGGGGAGUUGGCGGUGAGAAAUGGAGAGUUGAUCACGCAGUUAAGGGAGCAGGGCGAUCGGGAUGGGAAAAGGAUUGAGGAGCUGGAGGAAGGGAUUAGGGAGGAGAAGAAGGAAAGGGAGGGGGAUUGGAAGUGGAUUAAGGAGUUGGAGGGGCAGUAUAUGAGGGAUCGGAGACGGAUAGGGGAGUUGGAGGCCGAGAUUAGGGAGUUGAGGGCGGGAGGGAGAAAGAGGGGGAAGUCGAGGGUAUUUUUGCCGAGGGUUGGAUCUGGGGGGACGGUCGAGAUUGAACCGGAGGAGUGGAGGGGUGGUGGUUGUUGA